UCCUUCUCCCACGCGCAGGUCUUCGAGCUGGAGCGUCGCUUCAACCACCAGCGCUACCUGUCCGGGCCCGAGCGCGCCGACCUGGCCGCGUCGCUGAAGCUCACUGAGACGCAGGUGAAGAUCUGGUUCCAGAACCGUCGCUACAAGACCAAGCGCCGGCAGAUGGCUGCCGACCUGCUGGCCUCCGCGCCCGCAGCCAAGAAGGUGGCGGUGAAGGUGCUGGUGCGCGACGACCAGAGACAGUACCUGCCCGGCGAGGUGCUGCGGCCGCCCUCGCUGCUGCCGCUGCAGCCCUCCUACUACUACCCUUACUAUUGCCUCCCGGGCUGGGCGCUUUCUUUUCUCUCUGAACCGCCCCGUGGCCAGCGUUGGCGGGAGCGCCCUGAGAUCCGGCAGCCCGAGGCAGCCCCUGGGUCCAUCCUGGCCUCUGAGGAUUUCCCGCUGCUCUGCGACCCAAGACGGGCGCCUUUACUGGGCCCUGCGCGGCAGACGCGGCUCCUGUUGGAAAUGUGGUUCGCCAGGAAAAGGCAGAACACGGCCUCCCACAAGUCCACGGAGUUCACCUCGCUUUACAGAAGUUCUCUUGCCGUUGCCGACAGAGCCUGA